GAGGGGGCGGGGCUACAGCGGAAACAACUCUCGAAAGAAAAACUGAACUCAACAAGACCCGUUUCCCUGUUUAACGUUAACUGCAUCACAGUGUGUAGACAUGGCUUCAGCCGACAGUCUGCAGUCUGAUCAGUUCCUAUGCUCCAUCUGUCUGGAUCUGUUCACCGAUCCCGUCACCACACCCUGUGGACACAACUUCUGCAAAAACUGCAUCACAGAACACUGGAACGUUAGUGGCAGGAACAAAUGUCCCCUAUGUAAUGAAGUUUUUUAUACAAGACCUCAGAUGCGGGUUAACACUUUCAUCUGUGAGAUGGUCACUCAGUUCAGACUGGAAUCUGAGAGGAGAUUCAGCAGGGCAGAACCAGCUGCAAAACCAGGAGAAAUUCCCUGUGACCUCUGUAGUGGGGCACAACGGAGAGCCCUGAAGUCCUGCCUGGUGUGUCUGGUCUCCUACUGUGAGACUCACCUGGAACCUCAUCUCACCGUGUCAGGCCUGCAAAGACAUCAGCUGGUGGAACCUGUGAAGAACCUGGACGCCAGACUGUGUUUGCUGCACAACAAACCUCUGGAGCUGUUCUGUUGUACCGACCAGACAUGUGUGUGCAUGCUUUGCUCGGUUUUAGACCACAAAACUCAUGAAGUUGUUCCUCUGAAAGAAGAAUUUGAGGGAAAGAAGGCAGAGCUGAGGAAGAUUGAAGAUGAACUUCAGCAGAUGAUCCAAGAGAGGCAACGCAAGAUACAAGAGAUGAAAAAGUCACUGUGGGUCAGUGAAGAUGCUGCAGACAAAGAAAAAGCAGAAGGUAUUCAGGUCUUCACUUCAAUGAUGGAGCUUAUUGAGAAAGGCUUAAAUGAGUUCCUGGACUUCAUAGAAGAAAAGCAGAGAAUGAUGACCCAGAAGGCCAGAAGACUCAUCACAGACCUGGAAGAGGAAAUCUCUGAGCUGAUGGAGAGAAGCUCAGUAGUGGAGCGACUCUCACACUCUGAAGACCACCUGCAACUCCUCCAAAACUUCUCAUCACUGAAUUCCAGUUUACCCACAAAAGUGUGGACAGAAAGCAGCGUCCAUCCAGCAUCGUAUGAGGGGAGUGUGGUGAGAGCUGUGGCUCGGCUGGAGGAAACGCUGAGCGAAGAGAUGAAAAAGCUGUUUGAAACGGAGCUGAAGAGGAUCCAGCAGUACGCAGUGGAUGUCACUCUAGACCCAGAUACAGCGAAUCCUGAACUCAACUUGUCUGACGAUGGGAAGCAGGUCAGCCAUUGUGAGGUGAAGAAGAAUCUUCCAGACAACCCGAAAAGGUUUUCCUAUUAUGCUUCUGUUAUAGGAAAUCAGAGUCUCUCCUCAGGUAGAUUCUACUAUGAGGUUCAGGUUAAAGGAAAGACUAAGUGGAGCUUAGGCGUGACCAGAGGGUCCAUCAGCAGGAAGGGGCUGAUCGUACCAAGACCACAAAACGGUUUCUGGACCAUUUGUUUGAGAAAUGGAAAUGAGUACAAAGCUCUCGCUGCCGCUUCAGUCUGUCUGUCACUUAAGUCUCGUCCUGAGAAGAUUGGGGUGUUUGUGGAUUAUGAAGAGGGUCUGGUCUCCUUUUAUGAUGUCACAUCUGCAGCUCUUAUAUACUCCUUCACCAGCCUCACCUUCACUGAGAAGCUGUACCCGUACUUCUGCCCUGGUGUGAACGAUGGUGGUAAAAACUCUGCGCCGCUGGUUAUCUGUCCUGUCAGUCAGGACAAACUGUCUGUCUGAUUUUUUUCAUGUAUAUAUGGAAAAUUAUGUUUAAUUUGUGUUCUCAAUAAUUUACUAUGAAAAUAAUCCAGUAACUGUAACUGCUGUCUUCAAUCACAUAUGGACGUUUGUUUAUAUAAAACAAUGAGAAAAAUACGUCAACUCUGUUUUUUGUUUUUUUUUUUUUUCUUCACAUGAUUAAAAAUGU